AUGACUGACCUUUACCCUUCCCUGGCCCAGUGUGCCCUUGUGGCAGCUGCCUUCAAGGUGCUGCUAUUCCCUGCAUACAAAUCCACCGACUUUGAAGUGCACCGCAACUGGCUCGCCAUCACUUAUUCCCUCCCUGUCAAAGAAUGGUACUACGAGAAAACCUCCGAAUGGACCCUCGACUACCCGCCCUUCUUCGCGGCCUUCGAAUGGCUGCUGUCUCAGGCGGCGGCUUAUGCGGACCCUGCAAUGCUGGUGGUGAAGAAUCUGGGAUAUGACUCAUGGCAGACGGUCUACUUCCAGCGAGCGACGGUCAUUUUGACUGAGCUUGUGCUUGUCUACGCGCUGAGUCGAUUUGUUAAGUCCGCUCCUCUGCCGAACAAACAGGCUGCGCAUGUAGCCAGCCUCUCCAUCCUGCUCUCUCCCGGACUCUUCAUCAUCGACCACAUCCACUUCCAAUACAACGGGUUCAUGUAUGGUGUUCUGAUCCUGUCCAUCGUCCUAGCACGCAAGCAGUCAACCCUGCUCUACAGCGGCAUUUUGUUCGCCGUUUUGCUGUGCAUGAAGCACAUUUAUCUCUACCUUUCCCUCGCAUACUUUGUCUACCUGCUCCGCGCCUAUUGCCUCGACCCACGAUCAAUUCUCCGGCCUCGAUUCGGAAACAUUUUCAAGCUCGGCGUGUGCGUGCUCGGUGUCUUUGGGAUCGCGUUCGGUCCUUUCGCCCAGUGGGGUCAGCUGUUGCAGGUGAAGGAUCGGCUCUUCCCUUUCUCGAGAGGGUUGUGUCAUGCGUACUGGGCGCCCAACAUUUGGGCGAUGUAUUCGUUCACAGAUCGGGCAUUGAUUCCAUUCGCUCCUCGAUUGGGCCUUCCCGUCAAUCAGGAAGCACUCACCAGCGUCACUAGAGGCCUAGUGGGAGACACGUCCUUUGCCAUCCUCCCGGAGAUCACCAAGGAGUACACCUUUUUGUUGACAUUUGUGUUCCAACUGAUACCGUUGAUCAAGCUCUGGUUUCGUCCGGACUGGGACACCUUCGUCGGAGCCAUCACCCUCUGCGGCUACGCCUCCUUUCUCUUCGGGUGGCACGUUCAUGAGAAAGCCGUGUUACUGAUCAUCAUCCCCUUCAGCCUCAUCGCGCUCAAGGAUCGGCGCUACUUCAGCGCCUUCCGCCCUCUAGCCGUCGCCGGCCAUGUCUCGCUCUUCCCGCUCCUCUUCACGGCCGCCGAAUUUCCCCUCAAAACGGUCUACACGGUGCUGUGGCUGGUGCUUUUCCUGUUUGUCUUUGACCGUGUGGCACCCGUGCCAGAGCGGCCGCGCAUAUUUGUCUUCGACCGCCUCGCCCUGACCUACUUGGCUGUCUCGAUCCCGCUGAUCGUGUACUGCUCGCUGCUGCACCACGUGAUUUUCGGCCUCGAGCGGCUGCAGUUCUUACCGUUGAUGUUUAUGAGCAGUUACUCUGCCCUCGGAGUGGUGGGGAGCUGGGUGGGUUUUCUGGUGGUGUACUUUACGGCGUAA